UGAGAUGCAAAUUAGUAAUAAGCUGUUUUCUGCUAUUGUGAACUUUCAAUCACAUGUGAAUAUCAUGUGUUUCAGUCCCGGCUCAUACCAGAACAAAAUGGCAACCUGUACAUCGGUUCUGAUUUUAUAUCUAUGCUGUACAUUUAUUUCGGUUGAUGGUACCAAUCCUGGUAUAAUAAUUCAAGUUACCAAUAAAGGUUUAGCCUAUGUUGAUAAAGUUGCUACUGGAGUAUUGAUCGACAAAUUAAAGACAACCACGGUUAAGGAUGUUUCUGGAGACACCGAUACUCCCCUUGGACACUUUGACUACGAUCUAAGCAGUAUCCAUUGUACUGCCGUCUCCAUCGCCACGUCGUCUCUCAAAACAGUUCCUGGAUUGGGCUUAAGCCUCUCAGCAUCCGGUGUCUCGGUAUCUUUCAACGGACACUGGCACUACAGAAAGAAGCAUUGGCCCCACGUUAGCGACAGUGGUAACUUUGAUAUGUCAAUUGAUAGCGUCUCAUUUACAUUGAAAGUAAAAAUUGGAGUCGACAAAGGUAAACCGACCAUUUCCACGUCCUCUUGUACUGACAAUAUUGGUGACGUGAAUGUCAAAUUUCAUGGAGGAGCAAGUUGGCUGUACAAUUUAUUUCGACAUAAAAUUGGUGACUCGAUCAAGUCUCAGCUAAAUCCUAUGAUUUGCGAGAAAGCGAGUAAGGCAAUAAACGAAGACGCUAAAUCGGCAUUGGCGACAUUUCCAGUGAGAAAACAGAUCGAUAAGUACGCUUUGAUUGAUUAUUCUCUCAUUCAAGCCCCAUUGUUCAAUGAAAGCUUAGUGGACAUUUCCAUAAAGGGUGAGGUCAUGUCGGCUUCUCAUCCAACAGAAUCUGGCCUUACUCCUACAGAGAUAACGACCAAUCAAACUUGCAGUAAAAUGAUUUGUAUUUAUAUGACUAAGUACGUUGCAAACACCGCUGGACAAGUGUAUUUCCAGGCAAAUUUCUUCAAGAUAAAUGUUACUCCAUCCGAGGUUCCCCCAUUAUUCAAGUACCAGCUCAAUACAGAUUUGUUUAAGUUAAUUGGGUUAUCAGAAGUGUAUGACAAGUAUCCCGAUCGUCCGCUAUACCUUCACCUUUACUGCACUCAGCCACCACGUCUUGCCAUCAAAUCAACUGGUUUAUAUGUUGCCAUUUCUGGUAAUGUUGAGGUCCUCGUUCUCACAAAGGAGUCCAACUUUGUCUUUUUGUUCACAUUGGCCACGAACAUCACCGGCAAUGGCGUUGCACAAGUCAAUGAAACUUUGUUACAAGGAUCAGUAAAGAAUUUUGAUGUCAAGUUUGCAGUUUUCAAAUCAGCCGUUGGUGACAUCAAGCCUCAAGUUGGAAUCUUGAAUAUUCUUCUUCAUCUUCUCGCCGAGAAAACCAUUAUCAAAAUAUUAAACGAAAAAGGAGCAAAAGGCUUACCAUUGCCUGUCGUUGAUAAGGUUGCUUUGGAAAAUCCUGAAAUUGUUCUUGGCGAGAAUUUCAUUUCUUUCGACACUGAUCUCAAGUACAAAGGAUCAUUAAAAGUCCCAGCAACGUUCCCUAUUGUGGCAUAAAGCUAAGUGAUUUUGUUGUGGCAUGAAUGACGAUCACUCGGUAAAAUUUUUUAAAAUUUUUUCUUAUCAGUUUCAUGCAUUUAGAAAUGCUCACGAAAAUUUAUUUCAGCUCAUAAACUAAAUUGUAUUUUCAUCAAAACUAAGUAUAAGACUUAAGACUUGGACAAAUUCGAUAAAAUGUACAUGUUUAAAGUGCAUGUUUUAAAGGACAAGCUACAACAGCUUGUUUUGAUCAGAUCCGGAUCUUUAUCCUCGAAUUAAACACAAAAAAAACUUAGCAAAAAACAGGUAUUAAAUUUAUUACAUGAAAAGUAGAAGUAUGAACGAUUAAAACUACAUGUGUUCAAAAUAUACACUUUUGAAUCAUUUGGAAA